AUGGGGCCAGAUGGAUUGCACCCUAGAGUGCUGAGGGAGUUAAUGGAUGUGGUUGCCAAACCACUCUCCAUCAUCCUUCGACAGCCCUGGCUAACUGGGAAUGUCCCGGUGGACUGGAGACUGGCAAGUGUGAUACCGAUCUUCAGAAAUGGCCAGAAAGAUGAUCCUGGUAUCUACAAACCUAUCAGUCUCACCUUGGUGCCAAGGAAGGUCAUGGAACAGAUAAUCUCAGAAGCCAUUACUAAUCAAUUGAAAGUCAACCAGGGAUCAGGCCCAAGGAGCUAUGGAUCGGAGGCGAAGGAAGAGGAGGAGCUGCGAGUGCGGUACCUGGAUGAAGAGCACAAAGGAAUUGUGGUGCUUGGGUUAAACAGAUCUCAUGCCAAGAAUGCACUUAGCAAAAAUCUUUUAAAAAUGAUGUCAAAAGCUGUGGAUGCUUUGAAAUCUGAUAAGAAAGUACGAACUGUUAUAUUCCGAAGUGAAGUCCCAGGGAUAUUCUGUGCUGGAAAGGAGCUGCAAUAUGAAAUCAAGAUUCAUGCAAGCAGCAUAGGCAACAAACGGAAGGAGCUGGAAGCCACUGUGCAGCAAGCAAACAUGGAUAUCCCAAGCAUAGCAGACAUCAUGUUAUGCAUGCUGAGCGGAGGUCUCAGACUCUCUCUCCUCUGUAACUUAUGGUUAUCCAGGAGCUCUCUGAAAAUGAGUGUUUGUGAAACUAAUAUUUGCAUUUUUCUCUUUUUCCAAACAUUAGGGGGAACACAGAGAUUACCUCGUACAAUUGGAGUAUCUUUGGCUAAAGAGCUAAUCUUCUCUGCACGCAUUGUGGAUGGGGAGGAAGCAAAGUCAAUAGGAUUGAUUAGCCAUGUGGUAGAACAGAAUGAAGCAGGGGAUGCUGCAUACAGACGAGCACUAGCUCUGGCAAGAGAAUUUUUACCUCAGGGACCAGUAGCAAUGAGAGUUGCAAAGCUGGCCAUUGAUCAGGGAAUGGAGGUUGACUUAGUAACAGGCCUAGCAAUUGAAGAAGCUUGCUAUGCUCAGACUAUUCCAACAAAGGAUAGAAUUGAAGGUCUUCUUGCAUUUAAAGAGAAAAGAUCUCCUCGCUACAAGGGAGAAUAAAAGAAGCUGAUGCCUUUAAAAUGAAAUGGGGUAUAUGUACAGAUACGAGGACCACUAAGAUGCAUUUUGCAUCUAUGCCUAGAAUAUUACAAUCACCAAAGUUAAAGCAAAUCAUACUGAUGUUCCAACAUCUUCUGUGUGUUCAUACUUGUUCUGGGGCAGGAUAGAAAUGCGUGCCUACUUAUGCUCAUUACAGUGUCUGAAGGCACUUGUAUUGGCAAGGUCACAGAUUCAUACAGCAUUUUAAAAAUUCCGUGUAUAUGAAACUUACCAGUCUAUAGUUUAAAAAAGCUCUAUAAAUUCUUUAUAUAGACAAAACCUAAAUGUGAUGUGAAGUAUAAAUCUGAUUUAUCAUUUUAUCAAAUAUCAAAGUGACUGCCAAACAACAAAAAUAAAAAAUUGUACCAAAUAUGCAUUAAAAGGAUUCUGUAUAUCAGUAAAAAUUAUGUCUGAAUAUUCUACCUGAAUAUGUACAUUAUAAAUAAAAUGAAGGGAAAUUAAAAGGAUUAUUGUUUGACAAAUGUCAAAUUUAAUUGUCUAACUUACAUUAUUCUUAGUAAAACAAAGCUAACUUUUAUGACAAUAGCACAUAAUGGCAUCCUUUUGGUGAAGUCAUAGCCAGUAUAUUCAUUUAAUUGUAUUAAAUGAAGAUAUCUUAGAGCCCUGCCUUACUGAUGCAUUAUUGUUCUUUAAACUGGCUUUGUCUUGCAUUCUUCCAAAAUAUCAUCUGAUCAGUACUGUCUGCUGUUAAGGAACUUUAUUUCACUUAUCUUCGUUAUUUUAAGUUUGUGGUGACUGUAUUAAGUAUUUUUUGUGUGGGGAUAUGACUAAUGCGCUGCUAAAAAGACGAGAAUUCUCUUCUAUAAAGGACCCAGAAUAUCCUUUUCGAAGAGUCUAAUAAUGCAUAUUUAUAUACAGCAGGGAUGAUAAUGAAAUGUUCUUUGUUCGUGGCAGCCUCAGGGUUCUUUUCGUACUUUGAAAGAGAAAUCCAGUGGGUUAUGAGGUGAGAAAACAGUUGUGAUUCAUACUGUGUAUUUGUUCUGAUUGUGGUAUAUACAAUAAAUACCUGAAAACAGCAACUCUUAAAAAGCAUUUUCGUUAACUUGACUGGAAAAUAAGCAUAUCUUAGCAGUCAGAGGCUGUCUUUUUAUAGAAAACAAAUUUCUUUGCAGAUAGUUACCUUUGACUCAUGAAACUUGUGCAUGCUCUGCUUUUUUCUGCAGGAUUAACUGUGGUCAGUGUCCAUUCUGUGAUGAUAAAGCAGCUAUUCAACAUGAAAUGACAAGAACUCAUUUAAAUUCACAUUUAGACAUAUCAUUACAUGUAAAUUGGUUUUAACUGGUAGAGCACACACUUUAUUAACUGGUGAACUUGCUGAGUUGAUCAUUUUGUGCAUGAUAAUUUGCAAAUAAAGUACCAGUGCUUGUUUUUAUGGUCAUAUAAAGCCUUGAGGGUCAUUUUCUCCUGUUUUUGAAAUGCUAACAUGUCAUUUUCAUUUUUACUGAGCAGGAAAUAAUUACGUUAAUGAGAUUUUAAAAAAUACUAAGUCUAUGCUGACUGAUCUGUGUUUGUGUAUAACUUUGAUGUACUGUCAGGUUAUUGAGAUGUCUCUGGUUUCUUAACAAGGUCUGAUUAAGUAGCUUCCAUGAAUGUUUUUUAUGAAAACCUUAACUUCAGAUACUGUGGUGUAAGACUGUAGAUUUGUGCCUUUAACUGUUAGUUUUGAUUUCAGAAAAUAAUUUUGCUGUCAUAGCAAUUUCUCCAUUCCUUUUCCAAGGAGAAGAUAUUGUCGAAUUCUGGCAACUUGAGUCUCUUCUUUGAAGUUAAGAAUUUGAAUGUUAUUCAAAAUUGAGUACUAUUAGCAUGGUACUUAAAGGUAAUAUGUAGUGAUAUUGUAAUAGAGGAAUUUUUGCAAAGGAUGUGUUAAACACUUACUGUCUCUAUUAUUAAGUAACUAGCAUUAUGAUGACUUUCAAUUGCUCCUAUUAAAUAGCAGUGUUAGACUUCUACUUCCAUGAAAGGAUGGUUUGCAACAGAAACACUCUUAUAAAGCCCCAUUUUUUAUUAGGAAAGUUAUGAUCUGGCAGAUCCUCCUUCAAGUGCUUAGACUCAGUUCUUUCAGUUUUGGUAAAGCCAUGUUUUUCUCCACAAUAUCUCAGUAGUAUGUGACCCCUGAUCUCUGCUGAUUUCCUGAAAGAUUAUUACAUUGUCCCCAGGAGUAAGCAGCUCCUUAUCUUUGCUUUUGCUCAGCUGAAGUAGAUACUGAGUUCUUCUGUACUUCAAUACUGAGUUCAGUAUAGAAAAGUUAUAUUACAGGUAGAUCAGUUACCUUGAGCCUCUCAGUGGUGUAAGUGCAAGCGCCAAACAGUCCGGAUAUUCUUGUAGAAAUUAAUGUGUGAAUUUAUAUAACCAACAUACCUCAUUUUUGCCUCUAACCUACGAAAUCAUUAAUAUGGAAGUAACUCACAUAUCACUAGUUUUACUAAGUUUCUGGAUAAAGUUUUAAGAAUUGUCUGAAUGACUUCAGUCACUUCAGUGCCUUUGAGUAUCUCACUUGCUAUGAAGAAAUCUGGUCCUUUAUUCUCAGACUGUGUAAUGAUACACUUAAGAGCACUUGGAGAAUGUUCUUUUGUAUAAGAAUCUGUGGAAUUUAUAGAACCAUUUGUGCCAGGUUGUUGAAAUUCUGUCAGUCUACGCACAGUUACUCACAGUCCUACUUCAGUGCUCAUGUCUGCUUUUUAACAACUGCUUUUAACUACUUGCAUUCAAAAUAGUAAAUACUAGGAUGUAUCAUUUGCAGCUGUCAUAUUUGUGUCAGUCAUUGUUCUAUGAUGUAUCUGUUGAACUCAGCAGAAACAAACUGGUCUCUACUACAAAACAGAGACCAGCUUGACUUUGUCUUUGGAAGACAUGGGCAGUAAAUUAACGUGUUCGGUAUUACUGAUACUUCAUAGUACAAAAAAAGAGCUCAUAGAUGCAAAAUGAAAACAAUUGAUGUAUCUUAAUUUAUCACCAGUUUAGUUUUUGUUUCGUUGCUUUUCCAUGUAAGGAAAUACCUGGAAAGGUGUCUAUUGAGAUUAGUCAAGAUUUAUAGGAAAGAAAGAAAAAAAAAAAGUUGAUAUUUUUUCUGGUGUAAACAGAACAAGAUGUACUUCCAUCUCUCAUUUAUGUAGUUUUACACACAUUCAACCUAAUGGCACUACUGAAGAAUCAUAGGACUCCGUUGUCUAGUGAAAUUUGUACAUUUAAUGCACUUACGGUGUGAUAAUGGCAUUGCAGCUAUUUUAAGAUGUUCUUUUUCUGCAGAUUUCUAGAAAGACAUCUAUCUCCAAAAAUGAGAGAAGGAAAAUAGUUGUGAACAGAUAAGCCAAAAUGAGAGAUGUGUUCAGUUAAAGGUAAUGAAAUUCCUUUUGGGUAUUCUGAGGGAUUCCAAAUACUACGUCUUCAAUCAUGUCUUUUUUUUUUUCUGUUAGAUUUCAUUUUGUCAGAGUCUGGUGCUCAGGAAAGCACACAGGAGGAAUCUAGUGACUUAUGUGGUGAAUUUUUUGUUUGCUCGUUAAACAUUGAUGUUUUAUAAGCAAAGUUAAAAGAGUAUUAAAAAUUAUCCCAAAAGGUUUUUGAGAGAUUUCAUUGUAAAUAACUAUGUUACCACUGAAUAUAUGCAAAGGCAAAAUUUUUAUUAUUCAGUCUUGAAGUAGAGUUGCAUGUACGUUUCCUUAUUUCUGUGCUGUGUUUGUACAAUGUAUUCAUUGCAGAUUAUAAUACAGCUGUAUAGAAAUGUCAUCUAGAUACAUAGGCUGCUCCAAAAGUAAUGCCUCCUGUUUAUUUUCAUGGAAAUUACAACAGAUGCAAAGAACACAAUAACAAUACUUGAUAGAGCAAGUUCUCAGCGACUGAACACUGUUUUUCAACACAGUCCCUACUACUGGUUGUGCAUUUUCACUACUGAUGAACAAGAGCCAACAUGCUGCUCUUGUUAAGAUCUGCACCAGUAGAGGUGACCUGCUGUCUCUGUUGCCAUUUUUUUCCACACAGAAGAAUUCAGUGACACCUCUUUGCUUCAUAUGUACUUCCAUGUCAAACACCGUUUUGUCAGACUGCCCCUCUGCUGCCAUCUGUCACAUGGCAACAACGUGUAACGGAAUGUGGAUGGGAAGGUUCAUCUUCUAAAACCAUACUACCAACAUCUGGCUCUGACAUCGUGGGCCAAUGUAAUAAGAGGCAUUACAUUUGGAGCAGGCCUUGUAUAUAUGUCUAUGAGUGUGCAUAUAUAUACAUGUAAGUAAAAUUGUUCUGACUUUCAGGUAGUCACAGAAUCACAGAAUUGUAGACGUUGGAAGGGAUCUCCAGAAAUCAUCAAGUCCAACCCCUCUGCCAAAGCAGGCUCCCUACAGCAGGCUGCACAACCAGCCUCCUCUUCAAUGUUACACUGAAAAGGAGAGAAAGAAGGAACAUUUUUCAAAGAAGCAGUGGAUCUUGGAAGGAACUUGGAGAAGAAGUGGUUUGCCUACUGCGUUCAACAUGCAAUGACUGUCACAGUCCAUUUCAGCACAGUCAAUUCUGCUGUUUUGAUGGGCAGCUCCACAGAUUUUUCUAUAUUGGCGUCUUUCAGCCUGAGUUCUGUACUCUAAUCACUAAUAGAAAUCAUAACAGCCAUAUGUGAUUCCUUCACUAUCCGCAUAAAUAUUUGAAAGGAGGAAGGAUCCAUACAGUGCAGCAUAAUGAGAAGGGUUCAGCCUAUGCUACCAGUUCAUAAAUGAAGACAUGGGCAUGUUUUAGGGCACUUUUUUCCACUUUGUACUGAAGGAAAUUUCUUUCUUCAUUUAGAUGCUCAAAUCCAAUUCCUUUUGGAUUCUUAAAAUUUCAUUUGUUUAGGCUUAAAUCAGCACGUUUGAAAAAUUAGAAAAAGUGUGCUGCAGUCAGUUGAUCUAAAUGCUCUGUAGUUGGAGAACAGAACAUUUCUGCUCUCUCCUUUCACUGAAAUUGAUCUUCAGAUCAAAGACCUUAUCACUGAGUCUCUCACUCAUUCCUGACUUAAUUGUUUAUAUUUUAGUUAAUUACAUAGCAAUAAUGACCGCUAGUCAAUUUGAUUGGGAAGACCUGUCUUGCAGCAAAUAUUAUGCUGUUAAUUAUGCUAUUAAUAGACUGUGGAGUAAGGACUAGAAUCCUGCUGUCUUUACUCUCAUUCCCAGCAUCACCUUUGUACUGCAUGACAUCCUGUCUGUCAAGUGUGAAGAUGCCUACUGACUCAGAUUCCUUAGCUAUACAAGGCUUAAUUCAUGCAUCUUGAAAGGACAUCAUACAACUUGGCUGCUGCUGCUGUCUACUGUCAUCAAGAGUAGAACUUCAGAGGUCAAAGGAAAAUCUCAACAGCUAAGCAAAAAUUUUGAGAAUCCAAAUUUUGCACUCGGGCACCUUGGUUCCUGUAUAGACAUAGUAUUGGUUGUGCACCUUUGUAAUUGUGCUUCUAGACUGCUUUGUGCAUUGGAAUUGUUAGUUAAAUGUUCCUUGAAGUAAGCAGGGUAUAUCAGAAAUCACUUUGACCACUGAUGACAUACAGUUAGUCCCCUAACGGAACUGUGUUGCUAUUAGCAGGUGGUAAUACUUACGGAACGUGGUUCCUCUUUCUGUACCAGCUCCUCUCCGUAGUCAGUCUGUCAUCAGUUAGGUAAAAGGAAACCCUAGCAAGUUAGGAAGGAGUUAGUGUGGGAGCAGCCAUGACACAAGCUACACUACCAGAAUAGUUGCUGGUAUUAAAGCAGUACUAAGCUGGUUAUUCCAGCUUUGCAGCCUGAUUUAGCUGGCAAAAAAGCACAGAGUGACUGUGUACAGGGCAAAAUUUUGAUUACUUUGUGUGUAUAUGUAUGCAUAAUAUAUAAAGUGCAUGUCCAUGUAUCCACUCUGCUUCCAGCACAUAGCAUCCUGGUUAUUCAUAGAAGCUUCUAAAGCAUUGUUUCCAUUGUUAAAAUAGCUCAUGAAAACCACGUCUCCACAGGUAUGUGUGUUUAGAGUUACAAAAACAUUUUGUUCUUUACGUGCUUUUAUAGUUCAUAUAAUUACAGAAUAUUUAUCUGAAGUAUUUCGCAAGUAUACUUGUGUAAUACUGGUAGAAGAUUAAGUAAGAGCUACUUACUAGCACUGUUUUGCAAGAACAUCAGAUGUUAUUGUGAUGUACUGAGAUUCGAGGUACUGAGCAUGCAUUUGCUUGCUUUCUUCCUGUAACCUUUUCGCUCUUUCGUAUAAUACAGCAGUCCUGUAACGAUGGAGCAUGUUUUCCUUUACACAAAUGCCAGUAACCACUUGAACAGGGCACACAGUUCCAGUUUUGAUGGACAGUGCCUAUAAUGGACAGCGGUAGAGUAUCUAAGCCAAGCUGGCAAUCUUUGUGAUUUACAGUGCCAAAAACUUCAAAGCUUCCUUUUAGAAUUCUAAAGGAAUACAAGUUUGUGUUUCUUCAUAUCAUCAAACUUAAUUAUUGGCAAUAAGUAACUGCUGGCAAGAGCAGCACAUCACAUGGCUCCGUUUCUGCUUUAGAAAAGGUCAGCAUAUGGCAUAAACACUUUGCUGUACUGUACAGCCUUGUACUCUGAUCACAUAACACAUGCUUCAGAAAGCAUUAUGCAAUGUUAUACGCACUGAUUAAUGACUGCUUGCACAAGAAGUUUUUCAUUACCCUGAAUGCUAGCAUCCUGGGAAUGAUUAACUUUAUGACAUAACCCCUCAUCACGUAAAUAUGGAAUAUUCAAAUAUAGCCUCAGAAUAACAUGUUUUAGAAAUAACUGAAAACUUCCCUGCUUAGCACUGUGUACAGCACAUGAUUAACAACUGCUUUAAACCUUUGGAGUUGAAUAGGAAAGCCUAUUUGAGCAAACUGCACACAGGAUUUAUUUUUAGGGUUUAAAGUUUUACCCAGGAUGAAUUUUUGCACACAGCAGCAUCUUGUUUGCAGUGUUUUUCCUCUGCUUGUGUAAGUUUGAAUUUCCUGAGAAAAAUCCAUGCCAACAAUUUUCAGUGUUCAGCCAGUGAAUUAAACAGAACAAGUUAAAUCUAGCCCUUAUUCAUGCCAGCAGCUGCAUGUGUGUAAAUGACUCAAUCCAGUACGUUCAGCACGAUAGUGCACACAGUUGUGUGCUUAUAUCAGCUUGGGUAUAGAAGAGUAAAUCCACAACAAUUGCUUUGAUUUUUUUGCAGACAAAAUAACAAAACAAAAUGUCCUAAAUGAAUCAGCUUGCAAACUUACAGUCUGAACAGUGCUACACAUUCGAAUUUAAUGUUUUUAUUUUCUCUUGAAGGGUUGUUCCAUGUUCUUAUUUUGCAGAUUCUGGUGUUAAAAACCAUGACAACAGUGCAUCACAGUUGUUAUCAUCCGAAGGAUGUAGAAAAGAGAAAAAACUUGUAAAUAAAAAUGUUCAUCCCUGUUUCCUCUGCAAAUGAAGACGCAUCUUUCUUUUUGAAGUAAUGUCAGUUGCUAGCAGUUAGCUGUAUUUCAGCAGCUUUGUUUGGGAUAAAGUUGGUUUGCCUUUUUGGAAAUUCAAGAACAGUUUUUACAAGGAAAUAAUGAUGUUAAAUUUCCCUCACCAAUUUGCAUUUAAAAAAAUAUAUCUGCUUUUUAUGGUUCUCUCUCCUGUAAGAAAUCCUUUUCACAGAUAGUCAAACUAAAUAAAAUUACUUAAAGUCUUUAUAGUAGGCGACAUAGUUUAGGAUGUCACAGUGUUACUUCAUGCAUUCCAUUUCUACAAAAAUAAUCUUCACUGAGAACAGAGAAGCUAAACAUUGACUUUCAGUAUGUCCUCUUUAAUUUUUGCUUUUUCCAGCAUUUCAACUCCUACAAGCAGUAGCAAAGGUUAUAGGAAACAGUUUCUGACUAAGCAUUAGCUACCACCAUGCCCUCAUUAUAGCUGAGGGCUCUUAUUCUUGCUUAGCCUACGUGCGGAGCCAGCUAGUCUUUCAGCUGUGAUGACGAAAUGCCAUGCAUUUCUUCCUGGAAUGGGACACAGAUAAGCAGCCACUUGUUAUGCUGAGGUUUCAGAUGAACUGUGCUAAGGGUUUCAAAACAGUCUGUCACAAUUAUAUCAGGUUUCUUCAGCAACCAAUUCAUUUCAGACACUUUUAAGAUAAAAAGGGAAGAGAUGUUGGUUUAUUUUCCCUUGUGGUUACACUGUUUAAACCUUCACAGGAUAUGACUGGACAGUUUACACAUAGCCUGAAUUUAUUAAUUUUAAAUAAAACUGGCAGAUCAAAAUGUUUCUGUUCCUAUCUUGAAAUUCACUUUAUUUAUAGUUCAUAGGUAUACCUAUUACUUCAGAGAAGAAACAAAAAUGUUACAGCUGUGGUAUACUGCUUCCAACGUCCUGAUGUGCAAACUGGAUUUCUGAGGACAUUGAACUUAUUCUGGGUCCAGUAAAAGCUGAGAGCAUUCGAAACUGUGUGGGACAAAGUGCUGGUGCUUUUAUCUUGGGGUUGAAAUUCAGAUGUGAGAACAUGACUACACAGCAGGAGACCAGCUGACCUGUAUCUUAGCAAAAGUAGGGAAGGCUGUUUGUGAGAUCAUAUCUGGGGGCCUGUUUAGGUGAUGCCAUACGCUAACAAAAGGUGUAGCAGAAUUAAACAUAAACAUCCAGACUGAAAACUAAAUUCAAUUUCCUUUUAAGACAAUAAUUAAGAUAAUUUUCUUUUCCAUUUACAUAAUGGAAUUUGGAUCAAUUCUUAGGUUUGUAACCUUAAUCCUGCAAUGCAUUCUAAAUAAAUGUGUAAUUUACUGUGAGA